AUGUACAGCUUAAAAACCUCUCGGCAGCUCAAAAGGUUAGAAUCGAUAAACCGUAGCCCUGUGUAUUCACACGUCUCGGAGACUCUCAAUGGGCUGGAGACUAUAAGAACAAGAAGGAGGCAACAAGACUUCGUGGAAGAGCUCUACAGAUAUCAAGAUGUUCAUACUCAGUCGUACAUCAUGGUGCUGGCGAGUGCCAGGUGGCUUGGUGUACGAAUGACUUUUCUUACCACCUUUUUGAUUCUUGCGGUGGCUCUAGCUGCAAUCGUGGUGUCUCAAGAUGCUGGUAUGUAUCUGUUAGCUGCAACGGGUUACGAGAAAAUGAAAACAGUUGGAUACCAGAAGUUAUCAAUCGAUGGCGAUUCGGAAAGAAUCGGUUACGUUUCUUUUCUUUUAUUCCAAUGGAUGAAUAACAUCUUCGAGAAAGGUAGCAAAGGAAGGAUAGAUGAGAGCGACUUUGAACCACUUUCAAGGGAAAACACCACCGAGGUUUUCACCAAUCGCCUCCAAACAUGCUGGAAUGAAGAAAAAGCUGCUACAAAAGGCAGUGAACAAAGACCACAACUUUGGAGAAGUGUCAUAAAAAUGAUCUCUUUAAAGGAUGCAAUGAUCAUUGUGCUCCUUUACUUGGCAUCCUUACUUUGGCGCCUCUCUAGGCCUUUGUUUCUUGGUUACCUUGUUUCUUCAUUGGUGGAAGCCGAGCCACAUAAAAGUUUUCUUCUGUACGGUUGUGUAACAGCUAUGGGAAUCUGUGCCGUUAUUGGGGCGACAGCUGUUCAUCACCAUGGGUAUCAAUGUGAUAUGUACGGUAUCGGAAUAAGCAGUGCUCUGAAAGGACUAAUUUACCAAAAGAUUCUAAUGCUCAACAAGACUGAGUUAUUGAAAUUUACAACAGGCCGUGUGAUUGACCUUGUAACCAACGAUGUUCAGCGACUCGAAGAGCAUACUGUCUCGUGGGGUGUUAGUGCUCUUUUGGAUUUCUUCCUACUCGUAACUAUUAUAGGGGUACUACUUGUGUAUUUUGUUGGUUGGCAAUCUCUGAUGGGUGUCACAUGCCUCUUUUUGCUUGUGCCAUAUUUCGCUGAGUUAUCCUACGUCUCUGCU